CUUGGCGAGUGAUCUACGGGUGACAAAGAAUCGACCUUUGGUUAUAAUAAGUCGCCUACCUAAGUAUUCCAUAUAAAAUACAGCACCACAGAGAGAGAAAACGUAGUCUUGCGGUAGUUUUUCUUAACGGAAUAUGGACUUCCGACCAGUCGUGAUUGCUGCGCUUUUACAAGUCCCCCUUCUGUGCAUGGCUACAGAAAAUUGCACAGCAACAGCCGACAUUGCAGUAGGGUUCAAUGCCACAAGUGGGACACUUACAAACGUGAUCGACCCCUCUCUUUUCCCGGAGAAAAUAUUUUGCAACUUCUACACCGAAUGGACAACUUGGUCAAGAUGCAACAAGAAAUGCAUUCAAAAGCGCAAGCGCAAGUGUCGUAAAAAAGACGUCUGCGGAAAAUCAAGCUUAGAAGAUAAACGGGCAUGCACCAACCAAAGCCAUAAGUGCUUGAACCAUAAACUAAUAAUCAUGAAUUCGAGUGAUCGUAAUAGAAGAAUCGAGGAUCGUUUAUAUGAUAUAUUCUUUCAUUCGUGGUCUGCUUGGAGCUCUUGUAAUAGUGAUUGCAAAAGGAGACGACGUCGGAAGUGCAAAACUGAGAUAUGUACCGGAGGUUUCUUGCAGGAAGAGAGAUCAUGCGCGAACACCUCUGAUUGCAAAAGGAUAAUGUCACUCCAAGUGCAUUCAAACAAAUCCAAAAAAGACCGCCUUAAGGGUUUGAAGAAUUUAAAAGAUUUACGUCAAGUUUGUGGGAAAAGACCCAAUACGAGGCGUCCACGGAUUGUCGGUGGACACGAGAGUAUUCCUAACAGCUGGCCCUGGCAGGUAGAAAUAUUGACGAAAAAGAAACGACAUUCUUGCGGAGGAACUCUGAUUUCGCCUCAUUGGGUGUUAACAGCGGCCCAUUGUAUCUUAAAGAAUGGACGAAGGCGCAAAGUGCUCGUGCGUGUCGGUGAACAUGACACACGGAUGCAUGAAGGAACAGAACAAGACAUCAGAGUUAGUCGGUACAUACCCCAUCCAAAGUUUGACUAUAAAUUAAUUGCUAAUGACAUAGCUCUACUAAAACUAUCAAACGCUGUACGUUUGUCUAAUGUAACAGGAUAUGCCUGUUUACCCAAAAAAGGGAAAAAAUACCGAAUCAAACCGGGAACACUAUGCAGCACCAUUGGUUGGGGUAAAAUGAACAUCACAGCCCCUCAGAACAAUAAAGUGCUCCAUGAAGUGCAAGUGCCCAUAGUGAAGAAAAAGAAAUGCAAAAAGGCGUUUUCCUUUAGACUGACGAAAUCUCAGCUGUGCGCAGGCUACUCAAAGGGUAAAAAAGACUCUUGUACAGGCGACAGCGGUGGACCAUUGCUUUGCCCGUCGUCACGUCGUUCUACUAACCGGAAGUGGUAUGUGAAUGGCGUAACUAGUUAUGGUGAAGGUUGUGGGCAGAAACGAAAGUUUGGAAUUUAUACGGAUGUCAGCAAAUUUUAUCGAUGGAUUUCAAAAACCAUCUCAAAAGACUUGUAGUGCAUUAUAUUAUUUUUUUCAUAAAAAUGUCUUAGAGAAUUUUCACUUUAUAUAUGAUUUUAAGAAAGGCAGUUCUUGGUCAUUUGAAACGAUCUGCGUAACAUGUACACACAAUUAUAUCUAAAAGGUUAAUUCAUUACAAAAAGAAAUUAAAUUUUUGAUUACUGAGCAUAAAGUAUUAAAUCGAGCUCAGGUUCAGCUAACUCACCUUAUUUAAUAUUUAUGAUCAAGACGUAUCUCCUUCUUUAAAACUCCAACAAGUAUAACAUAAAGGUAUUUAAUGCACAUGCCUAGUAUCACCCAUCUAGUUGUAAAUAUCUUAUAUAGUAUCUUUAUCUAUAGCAUCAAGUGAAAUAUCAGGGGUUUUUUCCCAUUCUUUUUUGAUGAUCUUUCUGCUCCAUUUUAUUUUUGCACAUUUUCAAACAUACUUAAACUGCCAUUGCUUGCAUGUCCUAAAAUGGUGUAGCGGUGUUCGGGAACAUGGAAUAGGGUUUAACAAAAAGCAAUGUUUAACUAUAGUAACACAUUUUUAAAAUAUACAGUGUAUGUAUUUUAACAUUUAUAAGGCACUGUGUAUGACUGUAUUAACAUUGUCAUUUUCAUUUGUUAUGUGUUUGUCUAUUUAUUAUCUUUGUCAUAUUUUCCAUUUUUAACUCAUCGUAAUUUUCAGGUCCCUAGUAGCUACCUCUUUGGUUUUGUUAUAUUUAUAAGAUCAUUUGCCUUUGCUUUUAAUGCAUAUUUAUCAUUAAUUGGUAAAAAAAAAAAAAAAUAGACAUACUUGGUAUAGAAACAUGCAUUUUAUCCAAAAAAAAACCCUGUAUUUAACAAUCCUAUUAACAAUCUAAUUGUAUCUUACAAUUGUGCACUUAAAUUUCAAGGCAAAUACUUUCUUAAGGAAUAAGGAAUCAUUCUUUGAGUAUUAUGAUGUGAUAGUUUUGGUCGGGGCGUGAUCAAAUCCAAUUAAGCCCUUUGGGAUUUAUGAUAGAUUUGACCACGCUCGACCGAAAUUACAACCUCAAAAUAUUCAAAGAAUGCUUCCUUAUUACUUAUAUUUAUAUUAUUUCCAAGUUAAACACUUUAAAACAUGAUUUUAAAACGACUAUUUUUUCAUGUAGCACAUGCUAUGUAUUACUACGCGGCGCAGCCAAUACCGUUUUUUCGGUUAUGGUAAGACACACCUAUUUUGUGUCGUUCUUCUUUCAUGAAAUUAUUGGGCUUCAAAAUUAAUUCGUAAUAAUGUUAUCACAGACAAAGACCGUUGUAAAUGUUAAUAUAUAGUAUUAAAUUGAUUCUCGUCCGUUCAAAACUAGAUCAUCGUCUGAAUGUAAGUGUUAUCGUAGUUCUGUUAAUCAGUACAUUCUAAACAAAACAUCU